AUCUUCUAAAUGCGCAAAUUGUGGAGAAAAUCGUGGGAAUUCUUCAUUUUUGACAUUGGGAUUCUGCUUUAAUAUCCACACCUGCAAUGACUGAGUAUUGGGUUAGUCAGGGAAAAAAUUGGUGCGGAUUCUGCCUCUCAUAAAACCUACACCACACCCAUGCCAACAUCCCUAUCCAUCCUUCGUUCACUCUCCACCUACCUCCCUAACCACCGCCACCCUCGCCUCCUCAUCUGCACGACUUGCUCCCUUCUUAACAAAAACCAACCACCCAACCCACCUCGAAUUUCGCUAUUUCAUACUCGCUCACCAGACCUAUCUUCAGUCAAUAAUUUCGUCGACCAAUUGGCGUGCGAAGAUGAAAAUUUGGAUUUUGACAAAGAAACCAAGGUUUUUACAUUUGAUGCCUCUUUUGGGACGUCAAGUGUUGAUUCCAAGAAUUUGAAUGUAUCUCCAUCCCUUGAUGUGAAGGAAUUGGAUGAGCUGCCUGAACAGUGGAGGAGGUCUAAGUUGGCGUGGUUGUGUAAAGAGCUCCCGUCGCAUAACCCGGCUACGGUUAUUAGAAUACUGAAUGCUCAGAGGAAGUGGGUUAAUCAAGAAGAUAUGACUUAUCUAGCUGUUCAUUGUAUGCGAAUUCGUGAAAAUGAGACCGGGUUUAGGGUGUACAAAUGGAUGAUGCAACAACAUUGGUUUCGUUUUGAUUUCUCUCUUGCUACCAAGCUAGCAGAUUACAUGGGCAAGGAGCGAAAAUACUUGAAAUGUCGGGAUAUAUUCGAUGAUAUAAUUAAUCAUGGGUUAGUGCCUACAGAAUACACUUUUCAUAUUCUGAUAGUUUCCUAUCUUAGUUCAUCCAAUCGGGGUUGUUUGGAUGAAGCAUGUGCUAUCUACAAUCGAAUGAUUCAAUUAGGAGGUUAUAGUCCGCGGCUUAGCCUGCACAAUUCUCUUUUCAAAGCACUUCUGAGCAAACCCAAUGACUCUCCCAAACAAUAUGUUAAUCAGGCAGAAUUCAUAUUUCAUCAGAUGGUAACAUCUGGAUUCAAGAUUCACAAGGAUAUUUACGGGGGUCUUAUUUGGCUGCACAGCCAUCAGGAUAAGAUAGACAUGGAAAGAAUUGUAUCACUAAGAUCCGAGAUGCAGUUAGCUGGAUUUGAGGAGAGUAAAGAAGUUCUUGUGUCUGUUUUGAGAGCUUGUUCCAAGGAUGGGGAUAUAGAAGAAGCUGAAAAGACUUGGACAAAACUUGUUAGCUCUACUGAUACCAUUCCUUCCCUAGCUUUUGUGUAUAAAAUGGAAGUCUAUGCAAGAAUUGGAGAACACAUGAGAUCAUUGGAGGUAUUUAGGGGUAUGCAAGAGCAUUCUGGUUCAGCCAGCACUGUGGCAUUUCAUAAAAUUAUAGAAGUAUUGUGUAAAGCGCACACUACAGAACUUGCCGAGUCUCUCAUGAAAGAGUUCAUUGGAAGUGGUAAGAAGGCAUUAAUGCCAUCGUUUAUAAAUUUAAUGGAAAUGUACCUUACAUUAGGCAUGCACGAUAAGUUGGAGUAUUAUUUCUUUCAGUCCUUUGAGAAAUGUCGUCCCAAUCGUACCAUCUACAAUAUAUAUCUCAAAUCACUGGUACAUUCUGGCAGUCUUGAUAAGGCUGAGGAGAUAUUACGCCAAAUGCAAAGUGAUGAGACUGUUGGCGUUGAUACCAAAUCUUGCAACACUAUUUUAAGAGGGUACUUAGAUGGUAGAGAGAAUGUGAAAGCAGAACAGAUAUAUGGUUUGAUGAGGGAGAAAAAGUUUCAAAUUGAACCCGCUUUAAUGGAAAAGCUGGAAAAGGUUUUACGAGCAAAUGAAGAAGCUGUCAAGAACCCAAUAAUCCUGAAGCUCAGUAAAGAACAACGAGAAGCUCUGGUGGGAUUGCUGUUAGGUGGUCUACAGAUUGAAUCAGAUGAACAAGGAAAGAAUCAUAAGCUCGUUUUCAAGUUCAAUGAAGACUCUGGUGUGCAUAAGGUCUUAAAGAGACAUAUACGCAACCAGUACCACAAGUGGUUGGAUUCAUCUAAGAAACAAGAUGGCAAUGAGGAUAAAAGUUGCCAGUUUACAACAAUCUCACACUCUUAUUUCGGGUUUUAUGCAGACCAGUUCUGGCCACAAGGUCAGCCUGUAAUUCCGAAACUAAUCCAUCGCUGGUUGUCACCUCGAGUUCUUGCAUAUUGGUACAUGUAUGGAGGAUACAGAACUUCCUCUGGAGAUAUCUUAUUGAAGCUUAGGGGAAGUGAAGAUGGUGUUGAUAGAAUUGUUAAAACCUUAGGGAAAAAGUCAUUGAGUUGUAAGGUUAAGCGAAAGGGGAGAUUCUUUUGGAUAGGUUUACUUGGAAGCAAUUCAACAUGGUUUUGGAAAUUGGUGGAUCCAUAUAUUGUAGGGGAUUUAAAGGAUCUUCUAAAGCCAGAAAACAUAUCCUCUGAUCUAAAAGAAGAAGCCCGAACUAUUAACUUUGAUAGAAGUGAUUCCGAUUAUAGUGAAGACGACAUCACAUAGGUAUGUUUAUGUUUGAAUUGUUGAAACACACAUGUGAAGGCACACAAAUAUCUUCUUUGAAUUCACAUGUGAAUUUAGGUUCUUGUUUGCACUUGCUUCCUUUAUUCAUGAAAUUGUCUAGUGAAUAAGAAUGUGGGAAUCCUUGC